AUGAGCGACAAAGUUAGGUGCAUCGUGACCUACAGAUUCCCAAACUCCAAUGUUAUAUAUGAAGCAUCUGUAGACCAUAGAGGAAGUCUUAUUAAUCCACAUCCUAUCAAAGAAGCUAAAAAUAUUCCAAGUAUAACUUUUGUUACAGAGCCAGUAUCUAAUCCAAAGAUAGAUGUUAAUUUAUUUGAUGAUUUUGAUGAUAAUCCAUUCGAUUGUUUUAUUGAUCCAGACAAAGAAAAUAUUCAAUAG